GGGGGCUUCUGCUGAGAUGGCCACAGGACUCCAGGUUCCCCUGCCGCAGCUGGCCACAGGACUGCUGCUUCUCCUCAGUGUCCAGCCCUAGGCUGAGAGUGGGAAGGUGCUGGUGGUGCCCACUGAUGGCAGCCACUGGCUCAGCAUGCGGGAGGCCGUGCAGGAGCUCCAUGCCAGUGGCCACCAGGCGGUGGUCCUCACCCCGGAGGUGAAUAUGCACAUCAAAGAAGAGAACUUUUUCACCCUGACAACCUAUGCCAUUUCGUGGACCCAGGACGAAUUUGAUCGCCUUUUGCUGGAUCACACUCAAUCACUCUUGGAAACAGAACAUCUUCUGAUGAAAUUUUCUAGAAGAAUGGCAAUUAUGAACAAUAUGUCUUUGAUCAUACAUAGGUGUUGUGUGGAGCUACUGCAUAAUGAGGCCCUGAUCACGCACCUGAAUGCUACUUCCUUUGUUGUGGUUCUAACAGACCCCUUUCACCUCUGUGGGGCGGUGCUGGCUAAGUACCUGUCGAUACCUGCUGUGUUUUUUUUGAGGAGCAUUCCAUGUGAUUUAGACUUUAAGGGCACACAGUGUCCAAACCCUUCCUCCUAUAUUCCUAAGUUACUAACGACCAAUUCAGACCACAUGACAUUCCUGCAAAGGAUCAAGAACAUGCUCUACCCUCUGGCCCUGUCCUACAUUUGCCAUGCUGUUUCUGCUCCUUAUGCAAGCCUUGCUCUGAGCUUUUUCAGAGAGAGGUGUCAGUUGUGGAUCUUGUCAGCCAUGCAUCUGUGUGGCUGUUCUGAGGGGACUUUGUGAUGGACUACCCCAGGCCAAUCAUGCCCAACAUGGUCUUCAUUGGGGGCAUCAACUGUGCCAACAGGAAGCCACUAUCUCAGGUCUGUAUUGGUGCCUUCAUUCCAAUCAAUGUUCCAGGCAAAACACUUUUUAAAAAAUGUAUUUACUUACAAGUGCUUCCAUAUCUACUUAUCUUUCCAAAGAUUUCAUUUCUGCUUCUCAUUGUUGUAAUAGUUUUCAGUGAGAUAAACUGUUGAAUGGUCAAUGGUAGUGCAGUUCAGGGUUUCAAUGGCCACUGAAAGGAAGGAGAGGCAGGGACGAGGAUCUGUCAAAGGAUGGACAAGAGUGGUGUGACUCACGGAGACUGUUCGUUUGUAAAAGCACCAUCUUCAUGGCUGUGGAUGUGCUUCAGCUGGGCAGGAGCAGGGACACUACACUGAGAACUGAUCCAUCCAAUCUUGCUUGCAAGAUUUUCAGUAGAAAGGAGGAAGGAAUAGAAAUUUACAAUUGUUGACAUGACAAUUUUUAGUGGUCCCAUCUUGCAAAAGAUAGAGAGGUGACCACAGGAGACCUAAGCACUCAGAGGAAGUAGAGGUUUCAGAGAGGUUGACUCAGUUCAGUGGAAUUGGGCCAAUGUAGGUGCAACGGAUGUCUGUGAUCAGAGAAUGAAACACAGAGUUCAGUUUCCAGAGAGGGAGUGUUGGAUUGUAAUAGGAGAAUGUUUCUUGUGAAGACACUACUUAAAAAAAAUUCUUACUAGGUUAACUUCAUGGUCUAAUACCAAAGUGUCCAAUAGAAAUAUCAUGUAAACCACAUACAUAAUUUAAACUUUUCUAGUGGGCGUGUUAAACACCAGCAAAAAGAAACCACUAAAAUUAAUUUGAGUGAUGCAUUUUAUUUAACCAUAUGUAUCGCAAAUAUUAUCCUUUCAACAUGUGAACUAUUUAACGUAGCUUUUUUUGUUGUUAAGUCUUCAAAAUCUAGCAUAUAUUUGACACUUACAGUAUGUCUCAAUUUGGAAUAGCCACAUUUCAAGUGCUCAAUAUUCAUAUGUAGUUAGUGACAACAAUAUGGUCAAUGUUUAUAAAUGUUGCAUGGACAAAACCAACAUUCUAUCUUUCAAUUUUUCUAUCUUUUUUUUAUUCUUUUGAGAUGGAGUCUUGCUCUGUCACCCAGUCUGGAGUGCAGUGGUGGGAUCUCGGCUCACUGCAACCUCCACCUCCCAGGUUCAACUGAUUCUCCUGCCUCAGCCUCCCAAGUAGCUGGAGCUACAGGUGCAUGGCACCACAUCCAGCUAAGGUUUUUUUUUUUUUGUAUUUUAUAUGGAGAUGGAGUUUCAUCAUAUUGGCCAGGCUGAUCUUGAAUGCCUCAUCUCAAGUGAUUCACUCAGCUCUGCCUCCGAAAGUCCUGGGAUUACAGGCGCGAGCCACCACACCUAGGCAAUUUUUCUAUCUUUUAAAAGACCCUCUACUGAAUCUGCCCAAUUCUGUGAAGGAUGUCUUUUAAAAAAUCCCCUUACAUAACAAAUUCUGCUCAAGUUAUAGUUCGGUUCUUGAAUAGGUUUUGCUUUAUACAUAGUGAUUAGAUUGGUGCAUGUAGGUUUGAGACUUGUAUUUUCUUCACAUAGUUUCCUGUUAUCAUUAAAUAAUAAUCCUUAAAAUACAUUUUAUCUGAUAUCAGUAAUGUGACUCCUAUGUUAUUUUUUGAAUUCCCCAUCUCUUUUAAUUUGAAAAUGAUUUGUGUGCAAGUGGGUAGCUCACACCUGUAAUUUCAGCCCUUUGGGAGACCGAGGGAGGAGGAUUGCUUGAGCCCAGGAGUCUGAGAGCAGCCUGGGCAACAUGCUGAGACUCCGUCUCUACAAAAAAUUAAAAAAUUAUCCAGGUGUGAUGGCGCACACCUGUGGUCCCAGCUACUCGGGAGGCUGAGGCAGGAGGAUCACUUGAUCCCAGGAGGUGGAGGCUGCAGUGUGCCAUGUUCACGCCACCUCACUCCAGCCUGAGUGACAGAGCGAGGCCCCAUCUCAAAAAAAUAAAAAUUUAUUUGGAAUGUGAAAAUCUUGUUUUAAAGUUAGAAAACAUUUUUUUAAAACUCCAAUAUGAAAAGCUGGGUGCAGUAGCUUGUGCCUGUGGCCCCAGCUACUUGGGAGGCUCAGGUGGGAGGAUCAUUGAGCUCAGGAGUUUCAGCUCUUGUGGUUUGUUGACUGACUGACUGAUUGACUGAUUGAUUGAUUUAAAACACAGCAAAACCCAAAAUGACUUUAAUCUGAUAGUUUCUUUUGAUGUCAGCAUUCUGAUUCUGUCCAUUCUUAGUUGUAUUCUUUCCACUGGGUGUAAGCUCAUUCCUUUAACAGACAUUUAGUUUUUCCAUCUUAGUUUUGGAAUUCCAAGGCCCCUUUCCAUUUCCAUGGACACGCAGUGCAGCGUCUUCAAGUCUCUAAUUCUUACAUCUGUCUCUUUCACUUGCAAGAGCCCUUGUGAUUGCAUUGUCCCGCCCGGACAUCCAGCAUAAUCUCCCCAUGUCAAAACCCUUAAUAUAAUCACAUCUAUAAAGUCUCUUCCACCUGUAAUGGAAUAUAUUCCCAGGUUUGAGCAACUACAAUGUAGAUACUUUGUGGGGCUGUGAUUCUGCCUACCACAGACACUAAGCUUAAAGUGAAACCCACAUCUUAUUCAAAACUUGGAGGUUUUCCUUCAUUUGGCCAUUUAAAUUUAAUUUUUGUUUCUGUCCUCCAUAGUCUUCUAUUCUCCAGGCUUCAGAGCUCUCAGCUUACCAUUCAAUUAUCUCCUUUCUCUCCUUAUCUUCCUUUUUUCAUUUUUUAAAAACAAUACUUUCAAAGAGCAAAAAUUUUAGAAUUUGAUGAGGUUUAUUCUAGUGAAGUUUUUAUCGUUUGUACUUUUUGUACCCUAAGGAAGCUUUGUCUACCCCAAGAUAUAGUUUCUACGUUCUCUUAAAAACACUAAAGAGUUCCAGUUGAUAUGUUUAGCUCUGUGAGAUUGGGAGAGGGGAGCUAGAUCACUCAGGUCAGGCUUUCGGGAUGCCUUUUUCUGUCUCUGGACGUUGCUGGGGUGACCUCACUGACACCCAUGGCUUCAGCUACCACAUAUGCUGAUGGCUCCAAGUCUAUCUGUGCAGCCCAGACCCCUCCUCAUCUCCAGACCCUGGAAGCUGAUGCCUUGGGCAGCUCCUCCUAUUUCCCAGGCACCAGGAAUGUGAGCUUCUCCCUCCCCACAGUCCUGCUGUCCUCAGGGCCCCUAUGUCUCUGAAGGCACCACCAUCUUCCAAGAUACAUGGGCCUCCCCAGGGUCUAGGAGUGCCAGACACGUAACUAGAAAUGAGAUGGCAUCACUGUCUAAAUAAAACACCACUACAUGGAAAUAGAACACCACUACAUGGAAAUAGAACAUGGGAGCCCCUUGAAUGUGGCAAGAGCACCCUCCCAGGCAUGUUCCACCCUCACCCCGGGCUCAUCAGGAGGGUUCUUAAGAUGCAGACAGUUUUAAGGGGGUUGGAGGAAUAGUUGAGAGGCUGAGAUGUUGCACCCACAGCUGAGAAUCCCUUUCUAGCACUCUGUGUCCUCACAAAUCCCCAGAAAUCAUCCUCCCCUGGGGAGUUCUCAAGCCCUUACAGACCUGUCCUCUCUGUGCCAUCCUGCAUAUGCCUCCCUUGAGCUGGGUGUCCCUCUGAUGGACGCAUCCAUUCACUGCCUGUCCCAUGGGUUGUGUCCAAAGGUGGAAUCUGUUAUCAAUGUGGAUUUCUAAUGGGAGUAACUUCCUCCAUAAGGGAAGCCUCAGCCUCACCAGCAACGGCGGACAUGGCCAGGCAUGUAGACACAGAGGUAGUGAGAUGGAAAGUGGGCACAGCCCAGAGAGCCUGCCCACCUCAUCCUGGGGCGACCAGGACAAGGAAGCAACAGCAAUCUUGCGAGCACAUGUAGGAGUGACUUUCUGGAGCAGGACGAGCCUCAUGGGCGUGAGACCAUUGUGAGUGCUCAGGGUCUCCCCUAGAAAGGCACACGUUUAAUUCUCCAUUUUGAAAUUUGAAGCAGUGCCCCCACAAAUUAUGCAGCCCGUUCUGUUCUGGAGGAACCAUUCUUAUCAGAACUUGGUGCUGGAUUGACUUGGAGAAAAGCCUGACCAUAAUCUUCAGGAUGAAAUAAAGGCCUGGAUGAAUGGAUACUCCAGUCUCUAUGCAGACUUGCAGAAGACUGGAGCCUUUGGCAUUCAGAAGAGGAAUUCAGACUGUGCAAGAUCUGAGGCCAGGCUCCAGCUCCCCAGGUCCCUUGGUGAGCAGGAGCUCCCUGAACCCACCGUGGGUCCUUGCUAGGGUUGUCUUGCCCAUGUGUGCUUUAGACAGCAUCACCUCUUAUUCCAUGGUGUAGAUGGAGAAUUCUCAAUAAAGCCUUCCAAAGAAUAUGAUCAUCACAUCUUGAGCUCAGCCUCCCCGCAGCUUUUUUUUAUAUUGACAGCCACUUCAGAGAGAGUCCUCUUUGAGCUUUACAAGAAAUAUCCUGGUGUGAAAAAAGACCAAAACCAGAUAGCCAGCCUGAACACUCUCUGUUUAGAGAAAGCUGGCUUAGCAAUGUUGUAUGUCUUUUGGAUGUGCUGUGUUAUUCAUAUAUGAGAAGAAAGAGUUUCAAGGGUUAGCAAAUAGCGUCACAUUCAGCAGAGAACAUGUGGUUGGGGACUAGGGCAAUGGUGACUCCUCAGACCUCAGCUGCAGCCUGAUAAAUGUGGUUAACAGAGUAGAAGGCAGUGACAUGAAAUGGGUGUCCACAGCCUUGUGCUGGGAAUUGAAUGAGAAAGAAGAGCUUGAACUUGGAUGUUCCCCAGAGGCAGCACAGGGUCAGAUGAGUUUUUCAAGAUAGGCAUGAUCGGUCUUACUCAGGGCGGGGCCCAUAAUGAAAGGCAAUGAUAGAUUAACAGGUAAUAAAUAACUGGAAGAGGGCAUUCUGUCUUCCAAUUACAUGCUGAUUUGCUAGGUGGCUCAAUGACAAGGUAAUUAAGGCGAAGGAAACAAAUGUAGCAGGCACAGCGUGGGGUGGACAGUCAGCUGUCGGUGGCUUCUGCUGAGAUGGCCAGAGGACUCCAGGUUCCCCUGCCGCGGCUGGCCACAGGAGUGCUGCUCCUCCUCAGUGUCCAGCCCUGGGCUGAGAGUGGGAAGGUGCUGGUGGUGCCCACUGAUGGCAGCCACUGGCUCAGCAUGCGGGAGGCCUUGCGGGAGCUCCAUGCCAGAGGCCACCAGGCGGUGGCCCUCACCCCAGAGGUGAAUAUGCACAUCAAAGAAGAGAACUUUUUCACCCUGACAACCUAUGCCAUUUCGUGGACCCAGGACGAAUUUGAUCGCCUUUUGCUGGGCCACACUCAAUCGUUCUUUGAAACAGAACAUCUUCUGAAGAGAUAUUCUAGAAGUGUGGCAAUUAUGAACAAUGUAUCUUUGGUCCUUCAUAGGUCUUGUGUGGAGCUACUGCAUAAUGAGGCCCUGAUCAGGCACCUGAAUGCUACUUCCUUUGAUGUGGUUCUAACAGACCCCUUUCACCUCUGCGGGGCGGUGGUGGCUAAGUACCUGUCAAUUCCUGCUGUGUUUUUUUUGAGGAACAUUCCAUGUGAUUUAGACUUUAAGGGCACACAGUGUCCAAAUCCUUACUCCUAUAUACCUAAGUAUCUAACGACCAAUUCAGACCACAUGACAUUCCUGCAAAGGGUCAAGAACAUGCUCUACCCUCUGGCCCUGUCCUACCUUUGCCAUGCUCUUUCUGCUCCUUAUGCAAGCCUUGCCUCUGAGCUUUUUCAGAGAGAGGUGUCAGUGGUGGAUCUUGUCAGCCAUGCAUCUGUGUGGCUGUUCCGACGGGACUUCGUGAUGGACUACCCCAGGCCAAUCAUGCCCAACAUGGUCUUCAUUGGGGGCAUCAACUGUGCCAACAGGAAGCCACUAUCUCAGGUCUGUAUUGGUGCCUUCAUCCAAUCAAUGUUCCAGGCAAAACACUUUUUAAAAAAUGUGUUUACUUAAAAGUGUCUUCGUAUCUACUUAUCUUUCCAAAGAUUUCAUUUCUGCUUCUCAUUGUUGUAAUAGUUUUCAGUGAGAUAAACUGUUGAAUGGUCAAUGGUAGUGCAGUUCAGGGUUUCAAUGGCCACUGAAAGGAAGGAGAGGCAGGGACGAGGAUCUGUCAAAGGAUGGACAAGAGUGGUGUGACUCACGGAGACUGUUCGUUUGUAAAAGCACCAUCUUCAUGGCUGUGGAUGUGCUUCAGCUGGGCAGGAGCAGGGACACUACACUGAGAACUGAUCCAUCCAAAUUUUGCUUGCAGGAUUUUCAGUAGAAAGGAGGAAGGAAUAGAAAUUUACAAUUGUUGACGUGACAAUUUUUAGUGGUCCCAUCUUGCAAAAGAUAGAGAGGUGACCACAGGAGACCUAAGCACUCAGAGGAAGUAGAGAUUUCAAAGAAGUUGACUCAGUUCAGUGGAAUUGGGCCAAUGUAGGUACAAUGGAUGUCUGUGAUCAGAGAAUGAAACACAGAGUUCAGUUUCCAGAGAGGGAGUGUUGGAUUGUAAUAGGAGAAUGUUUCUUGUGAAGACACUACUUAAAAAAAAUUCUUACUAGGUUAACUUCAUGGUCUAAUACCGAAGUGUCCAAUAGAAAUAUCAUGUAAACCACAUACAUAAUUUAAACUUUUCUAGUGGGCGUGUUAAACACCAGCAAAAAGAAACCACUAAAAUUAAUUUGAAUAAUGCAUUUUAUUUAACCAGAUGUAUCCCAAAUAUUAUCCUUUCAACAUGUGAACUAUUUAACGUAGCUUUUUUUGUUGUUAAGUCUUCAAAAUCUAGCAUAUAUUUGACACUUACAGUAUAUCUCAAUUUGGAAUAGCCACAUUUCAAGUGCUCAAUAUUCAUAUGUAGUUA